UUCACCCGCAGAAAGAGACGCUGCGUCGCUUUCAAACCGCCGCGGUUUGUUUUGGUUUUGACGCGCUCGGCUGGGAGGGAGGAUUUGAUUAUUUAUCGGUCUCUAGAGUAGAAACCACGACAACAUCCAUAACAAAACAGGCUUCGUGAUGCUGGAACCGGCACAGAGCCGCCGGCGAGGCGCUCAGGAUUUUGAAGGCUACUAUGAUCAUCUGUGUGCGGCUCAGGGUUCAGCUCCUGUCCGAGCGGUGAAAGCCUGCCUGAGUCGAGGAGUGCUAGAGUUUAACCCGGAUCAGCUCAGCCUGGCAGACUGGACUCCUGUACUGUCAGCCCUGGCCAUCAACAAACACCUCCAUCAGGUCUCCAUCAGGAGCUGCCACCUCCUCAGCACCGGAGCACAGAAUGUUUACAGGCCUCAUAAUAAGAAGAAAACCCCUGCGAUUCAUUCCAAGACUGUGAGUCUUCAGUUGUGUAAGGCUGUGCAGAAGUGUCUGUGUGAGUCCAGCAGUCUGAGAACGCUUCAGCUGCACGCUCUGCCGUUGAGAGAGAGAGAUCUCACGGCGCUCACAAAGGGUUUAGCUAAGAGUGUGUCAUUGGAGCAUCUUUCUUUAGCACACUGUCCAAUCGGAGAUCAAGGUUUGGAAGUCAUUUGUCAGAGUGUGAAAUAUUCAUCAACAAUUAAAGGAGUGGAUUUCACUUCCUGUAAUAUUACCUGGCAAGGAGCAGAACACAUGGCGAACAUCAUAAAGCACCAGGCGAUGCGGCGUCACAGUACAGCUUGGGUGGAGACUCUGCGCUACAGGAGGGCGGAGUUUGAAGCCAUGAACGGACUGCGCAGAAUCACUCUUAAUGACAACAUUCUCAUUGGAGACCGAGGGGUUUCGGCUCUUGCUCGGGAACUCACAGAAGACCUGUGGGUCAAAGCAGUAGACCUGCAGCGCUGUGGAAUUUCUAAUGACGGAGCUCAAGUUCUAGAGCAGAUGCUGCAGUCCAAUUCAACUCUAUGUGUGCUUGACAUCAGGAGAAACCCACUGAUUGAUAACAACGUGGUAAAAGCUGUGCUUAAAAAAGUCCUCAUGAACACGAAAAACCUCGACUCACAGUAUCUUUGGCUUAAGCCUCCAUCUCCUAAAGACAGUGCUGAUCAGUCACGGCAGUUUCGGAGGAAGAACGCAGGAAAAGCUACGUAUCGAAUUGGAUCUCGCAGAUCGUCUUCUGUAAUUUCAGUAUUUAGGCCUCCUCGGCCCGGGUCAACGGGAUACAUCCCAUGGCGCACUGCUGCACGUGCCGACUUACAAAGAGGUGCAUCGCGGGCUGAUGGAAGAACAGACCAGAGUUUUCAAAAUGCCACCUCUGUGCAGGUGACUGUAGAGACGGAGUCAGAAUCUGAAGACGUGGAAGCUAAAGAUGUAGAGAGUCCUCUGGAGAAAAUCACAAGCUACCAGUUUAGGCGACUACAGACUGAGAACAACCGACUAAAGGUGGAGCUGGAAGAGUGUCGGCUGAGGCUGGCAGAGGAGCGAAACACCAGACUGAAGGCCAACUCUCGCCUGGUGGAGCUGGAGCUGGAGAACGAGCGUCUGCGCACUAUGAAUCAGUCUCUAUCUGAAGCCCACAUUAGCUCCUCUGUGCUGGAAGAUGAACGUGUGCUGGAAAGCAUCGAGUCCUCCUUCCACAAAUUCCACGCUUUUCUAGACCUGCUGAAAGACGCCGGAUUGGGUCAGUUUGCGUCUAUGGCUGGAAUUGAGCAGUCAGACUUUGGUGUUGUGGGUCGUCCUCAGCUCUCCUCAACAGAGAGGACACACACUGGCCCAGCGAGACAUGAGGACAGGAGGAACAGUUCAGCUCCUGUUGACGUCCCUCAUCCUGAAUCAGGAACUCGUCCAGAACCUCCUGCUGACACUGAAGAUCUCCCUCAGCCUCGUCCCCAUCAGGAGGAGCUUCUGCAUCCAGUAAUCUCGAGUAGAUCCUCUCCAGCUUUACAGGAGCUGGAUCUGAGGGCUGGAUCUGGCUCUGGAGGAUCCGUCAGCAGCGUCAGUCUCCAGUCCAGAGGCUCUCCGUCCUCCAGAUCUGUGUACUCUAGAGCCUCCAGUGUGUCUCGCUCUGGUUCAGACAGACCGAGUGCGUCUGGAAGCCAGAGAAACACUGCUGGAUUAAUCGGGUUUUGAGGUAGUUUAGCUUCAGAGAUCUUAAUUAAAAAAGGGAUAGUUCACCCCAAAAAUAAAUUCUCUCAUCAUUUUCUCAUCAUACACUUGUUCUAAACCUGAUUGGGUGUCUUUCUUCUGUUGAACACAAAUUUUUAUUUAUUUAUUUAUUUCACA